UUGACCCACAUGUUCUCCAGAGGUUCUGAAUUGUGCCUGAACAGAGUACUGAGAGCAGCCCCUGGAAGCAGCGGCACACUAAGCAGCGACCAUGACGACAGAGACAGGCCCCAAUUCGGAGGUGAAGAAUGCACAGGAGGAGGCCCCACACCACGGCCCCACUGCCAUGGCUGCCAGCCCUGGACCCAUGGCCAACAGCCGGGAUGCUGAGGCCAGUGAGAAGCCUGUGGCCCAGCCUGACUCCCAAAAUGCAGAGCCGGGCACAGACAUGGAGGAGAAGGAUUACAGCGAAACAGAUGGGCUCUCUGAUAAAACAACACCCAGCAAGACCCAGAAAUCACCCCAGAAAAUCACCAAGAAAGUCAAGAGUGCCCUCUGCAGAGUGACCCUGCUCGAUGCCUCCGAGUAUGAGUGCGAAGUGGAGAAGCAUGCCCGAGGCCAAGUCCUCUUUGACAUGGUGUGUGAGCACCUCAACCUCCUGGAGAAGGAUUACUUUGGCCUUACCUUCUGUGACUCGGACAGCCAGAAGAACUGGCUGGAUCCCUCCAAAGAGAUCAAGAAGCAGAUCCGCAGUGGGCCCUGGAACUUUGCCUUCACAGUUAAAUUUUACCCUCCUGACCCUGCCCAGCUCAUGGAGGACAUUACGAGAUACUACCUGUGCCUGCAGCUCCGUGCAGAUAUCAUCACAGGGCGCCUGCCCUGCUCCUUUGUCACACAUGCCCUGCUGGGCUCCUAUGCUGUGCAGGCUGAGCUGGGGGACUACGAUGCUGAGGAGCAUGUGGGCAACUAUGUCAGUGAGCUCCGCUUUGCCCCUAACCAGACUCGAGAGCUGGAGGAGCGCAUCAUGGAGCUGCACAAGACCUACCGGGGUAUGACCCCAGGUGAAGCGGAGAUCCACUUCCUAGAGAAUGCAAAGAAGCUCUCCAUGUACGGGGUGGACCUGCACCAUGCCAAGGAUUCGGAAGGCAUUGACAUCAUGCUGGGUGUCUGUGCCAAUGGCCUCCUCAUCUACAGGGACAGGCUAAGGAUCAACCGCUUUGCCUGGCCCAAGAUCCUCAAAAUUUCCUACAAGAGGAGCAAUUUCUACAUCAAGAUCCGCCCUGGUGAGUACGAACAGUUUGAGAGCACCAUUGGCUUCAAGCUGCCCAACCACCGCUCUGCCAAGCGUCUCUGGAAGGUCUGCAUAGAGCAUCACACCUUCUUCAGGCUGGUGUCCCCAGAGCCACCCCCAAAGGGCUUCUUGGUGAUGGGCUCCAAGUUCCGCUACAGCGGGCGGACGCAGGCACAAACACGGCAGGCCAGUGCCCUCAUCGACCGCCCGGCCCCCUUCUUUGAGCGCUCCUCCAGUAAACGGUACACCAUGUCUCGCAGCCUUGAUGGAGAGUUCUCGCGCCCGGCCUCUGUCAGCGAGAAUCACGAUGCUGGGGCAGAAGCUGAGAAGCGGGAUGAGGACGGUGAGUUUGGCAGCAGGAGACGGUCUGAGGCAGAAGAUGAGGAAGUGACUACCCCAACAAAAAUCAAGGAGCUGAAGCCGGAGCAGGAAACAACCCCCAGGCACAAGCAGGAGUUUUUAGAUAAGCCAGAAGACGUUUUGCUAAAGCAUCAGGCCAGCAUCAAUGAGCUGAAACGGACCUUGAAGGAGCCCAACAGCAAGCUGGUUCACAGGGACCGGGACAGGAGGCUGCCUUCCUCACCAGCCUCUUCCUCACCCAAGCAUGAAGAUGAAACACCAAAGGGAACCCCAGAGAAGGCCAGAGAGAGAGCAGGCUUAAGGGAGGGUGCCGAGGAGAAAGCUAAACCACCUCGGCACAGGGCUCCUGAGAGCGACACCGGGGAUGAGGAGCAGGACCAGGAGAAGGACUCAGUCUUUCUGAAGGACAACCACCUGGCCAUCGAGCGCAAGUGCUCCAGCAUCACGGUUAGUUCAACAUCCAGCCUGGAAGCAGAAGUGGACUUCACGGUAAUUGGUGACUUUCAUGGGACAGCCUUUGAGGACAUCUCCCGAAGUCUGCCCGAGCUGGACAAAGACAAGAGUGAGACAGAAGAUGAAGGCCUGGCUUCCUCCCAGGAUACUGAAAAAGUAGCUCCUGGACUUGAAGAGGAUGUCAAAGCGGGGGAGAAGGUCUCCCAGCCUAGCCCAGAAGUAUCCCAGCUAGAGUUGGCAGUGCUGAAAACAGAUGCCGCGACUGUUGGUCUGGUGUCGGGCAUGAAGAAGCCUGAAGCGGAAGCCUCUGCUCCCCACAGGGUGGAGGGAGGCACCCCAGGCAGCAAAGAUGCAAUAGCCACUUCCCACACUGUCACCACAGAGACCAUAUCAACAACCUCAGAUCAUAGCACCAAGCCUGGGAAAGGGGCAGGACCCACAACAGACCUUCGCUCUGUGUCACCGAUCACUGGCAGCUCCACUGGGAAGGAGGUGCUCACCAGCAUAUUCAGUGCUACCGCAGAAACCCUCUCCACUUCUACCACUACUCAUGUUACCAAGACUGUGAAAGGAGGGUUUUCAGAGACCAGGAUAGAGAAGCGCAUCAUUAUCACAGGAGAUGAAGAUGUGGACCAAGAUCAGGCACUGGCUUUAGCAAUCAAAGAGGCAAAACUACAGCAUCCCGACAUGCUGGUAACCAAAGCUGUGGUAUACAGAGAAACAGAACCUUCUCCAGAGGAGAGGGACAAGAAACCUCAGGUAGGUAGAGAAAUUACCAGGUAUGAUUUAUACAUGCUGUACAAGAGAUGUAUGUAG